GAGCGCAGUCCAACCAUGUUUUCAAUUUUUUUUGUUUUUUCCCCUACCCACUCUUGGGCCCAACCGGAAUUCCGGUUGGACCACCGGGGGUCCAACCAGCCCGGUUAGAUCGGGCCCAGUCCAAUCGGCUGGUUGCCGACACAGCCAUGCAUGGGAUUGAUCAGUUGCUUGCACUUGCCCAUGGUGAUCGUGUGAAGGAUAAGCAGAGAAGCAAGCAGCUUUUUGUCGUUGAUCUAGACAAGAAGCAAGCAGCAGAGGAUGUUCUCAGAAGCCUUCCAAGGACAGUUCAGCCAGUUCUGAAGCAGAUGAAAACAAUGGUGGAGCUCUACAUACGCCUGGCUGAGUUGGAAACUAGGAGGGAGGACAUGAACAAGAGGAUCACUCUUGGCCGUGACUUCCGCAAAUUAUCUCAAUUAGAGCUGGUAGCUGUCACCGUACUGACUGUGGUCGUCGUCGUGUGCAGGUACCGCGUGGAGCCUGGCUAUGGCGCCAGGUAUCACGAGAAGAAGAGGGAGAGAGACAACUCGAGCUCUGAGUCCGGAUCCAGUGCAGAAACACAAGCCCACAAGGAUCCAAUCAGAGACAUGGUACCAAAGAAGUGGAAACCAUCAAAGGGCAGGACCAAGAGCUCCAGGAAAAGCACGACGGAUACGGCAAGAAAUGGCAACGAGCAGCGAUCGCUCAAACAGGAGAUCGCCAUUGUUGCGGCUCAGACAAAGUGCCUGUUUGAUCAGAACACGGAAUACCGUAAAAGUCACAAAAGAGAUUAUUGCACCAUCCAAAACGUGGCAGACAACAAGGCCCCCCAUGUCACUGAGAAAGCUACCUCAGAUCGCAAAACCAUCAAACCAGUCAGACCUCUGGUCCCCAUCCGUUACAGAAAGAAGUUCGGGGAGUGGCAGGUAGCCACAGAUGUAUCUUUCGCCUUCCCGACCGCGGGAGACCACCGGACACUGGCUAGAACAAUCAGAGAAGGUGUAUCCGAAGACUCCCCCUUAGGAGUCUUCGGGAUCCCCGCCCCCCCGAGGAAAGACUCAGACAAGAUCGACCAGGAACUCGCCACAGCCAGAUCCUUUGAACCAAUCCUCGUAAAACUGGAGGAAAAAUCGAGGCAGCAAGAGGGGCUGGUGUGGAGGGCAUGGAACACUGUGACCGCCUUGCCAUACAGCACACUUGCAGUCAAGAUGUGCCCGGCGGAAGUCAUGGCCGAUUCCUUGGCCGCCAUCAUCAGAUCCCACAUCCUCUCCACAGAGCACUCCUUGCAGGAUGAAGCCGAGCCGCUGUACCUGGAGGUGGAAGACGAGGAUAGAGACAUGGGCGAUUACGACGACGACGAAGGGCUGAGCAACAAGAUAUCCCGGGGCAGUGACGGGACUGGCACCACCCCAGUACCCAAGGGCAGCCUGGGGGGUUACAACCUAGGAUCUGCUGCCGGGAGAAGGGCAAAUGACGACAGUGGAGAAACCGGAGGACUCGGAGCUGACAGUGCAGGGACCACGGCAGCGGCUGAUUAGAGUCCCCAACGCUCCCCCCCMCCCCCCAAUUGAACCCCGCACGACAACCGCCACCCCAAGGAAAAAAGGAAAAAAGGGGGGUGCACACAGCAAUCCGCCAGACACAAUCUAAUGGGGGACAAUAACAAUCACGCUGGGACGAUCACAUCAUUGUGAUGAACGGCAUCAAUGCCCCAAAAGUCGUUGAAUGUAUUGGCUCGGAUGGUUCUAAAUAUCGGCAGCUGGCAAAAUCUGGCAAUGAUGAUUUAAGACAGGACGCGGUAGGUGGUCAAAGCAUGCCACUCUCUUUGUUUUGUUCCUUCAACCCCCUUGCUGUCAAACCGUGCAGCCAUUGAGCGCACGUUUCGGACUCAUUUUCUGAAUGCUUUGAACGCACGUUCAAUAAAUGCAACUGCACGUG